GGGGCUCUGCUCCCCUUACACGUCGUGUCCCAUGCCGUCCGCGUGCACACCUCCCCCCGCGGCGUCCCUGGUGCCCUGCCGGCGGCUGUCCCCCCGCGCGGCUCCGUGUGCCUGCUUUCAGUUUUUGAUUUGUGCCCAGUACUGUCUCAGCUGAUCUCUGCUUCUCCUUGGGACUUCUUUGGCCUGUGGACUAUCUAGAGGUUUCUUAUUCAAUUUUCACAUACUUAGGGAUUUUCCAGUUAGCUUUUUGUUACUGACGUCUAACUUAACUCUGAUACGGAGAACGUGACAUUUUUAUUACUCAAUUCUCACAAACCCCCGCCGUACAGGAAACGCCUUCCUCAGCCCCGUGUUACAAAGUAGGGGAACGGGACCCAUCCCCCUGGGACCCAGGGCUGGCUGCUCCUGGAGGCCUCCCAGAGACCUGCAAGGAGAGGCCGGCUGCCUCGGUGCCCCACCCGCACCCAGCUCAGCAGCAUUGACUUGUGCCCGGACCCCUGAGGCUCGAGACAGGACAGGCAGGGAGCCGGUCGGGCGAGAGGCAGCUGCCUGGAGGAGGUGGGGCGGGAGCGCUGGUCAGGACCUGCCUUGCCCGUCCCACCUCUCCUUAGCUGUUGCCUCAACCCGGCAGCCGGCAUCUCGGUUCAACCAGUACGGCUGCACCGGUGAGGCGUUGGCCUGGGGGUUCCCGGCACAGCUGAGGGGUGGAGGCCACGCAGGGCUGGUGGCCCUGGCCGCCGGCCCGGGCUCUGCUGGCUGGUCAAUACCCCUUCUGACACCGGUUUGUGGGGUCAUGGGGCAUGGCCUCGGGGUCCCGGAAGCCUGCCGUCACAGUGCCACGUGUCGUGGCAGAAGUUGUGGAGUGGGGACACCCAGGAGGGGACUAGCUACAGCGCGGGCUGGCGGCCGUGUGGGGUAGGCAAGGUCCCCUCUUUGGACACUAUGCUUCAGCCCUCCGGUGACCAAGGCGCCUGCCGGCCCAGCACCCGGCUGAGAUCCCAGGAGUCGGGCCCAAUGCCCUCGGGUCUCCACCUGCACCUGGCCAGCUGCCCGUGCUGGUUUCCAGCCGGCCCCUUCUGGAGAAGCCUCUGGAAGCUUGCAUCCAGGCCAGAUCAGCCCAGCUGGCGAACCAGCCUCCUCCAGCCUCAAGAGGGCCCUUGCCCACGCUUGGGUUUAGUGGUGCCAGGGCUGGGCCUCAGGCCCCAGCGGGACUUCCACUUCCCUGUGCCCCGCCUCCCGGGCCCUGCCAGGCGGGCGAAUCAGAAGGGAGCCCCAGAGACCGGCUCCUUCGGGGAGGACCUGCUUGCGCUCCGUGGAGCUAACCAGCACCAGCAGGAAGUGCGAGGCUUUCCUCCCGGGCUGCCGACGGCACCUCCUCCCGUCCAUCGGAUCAGGGUGGCCUGGGCUGGCCAGCGUCCCACUGCACGGGUGCCCCUCAAGGACCCUGAGACAGCCGUCCAGAGCGCAGCCGAGCCACCGCCAUGUCGGACUACGAGAACGAGGACGAGUGUUGGAGCGCCCUGGAGAGCUUCCGCGUGAAGCUCAUCUCCGUCAUCGACCCCUCACGCAUCACGCCCUACCUGCGGCAGUGCAAGGUGCUGAACCCCGAUGACGAGGAGCAGGUGCUCAGUGACCCCAACCUGGUCAUCCGCAAGCGGAAAGUGGGCGUGCUCCUGGACAUCCUGCAGCGGACCGGCCACAAGGGCUACGUGGCCUUCCUCGAGAGCCUGGAGCUCUACUACCCGCAGCUGUACAAGAAGGUCACCGGCAAGGAGCCCACCCGCGUCUUCUCCAUGAUUAUCGACGCAUCCGGGGAGUCGGGCCUGACGCAGCUGCUGAUGAGCGAGGUGCUGAAGCUGCAGAGGAAGGCUCAGGACCUGACCCAGCUGCUGAGCUCCAAGGACGACCUCAUCAAGGAGCUGCGGGUGAAGGACAGCCUGCUGCGCAAGCACCAGGAGCGCGUGCAGCGGCUCAAGGAGGAGCUGGAGGCGGGCAGCCGCGAGCUCAAGCGCUGCAAGGACGAGAACUACGAGCUGGCCAUGCGCCUGGCCCGCCAGAGCGAGGAGAAGGGCGCUGCGCUCAUGCGGACCCGCGACCUGCAGCUGGAGAUCGAGCGGCUCAAGCACAGCCUCAUGAAGGCGGAGGACGACUGCAGGGUGGAGCGCAGACACACGCUGAAGCUCCGCCACGCCAUGGAGCAGCGGCCCAGCCAGGAGCUGCUGUGGGAGCUGCAGCAGGAGAAGGCCUUGCUGCAGGCGCGCGUGCAGGAGCUGGAGGCCGCCGCGCAGGAAGGAACGCCGGACAAGAGCAGCCCGUACAUCCAGGUGCUGGAGGCGGACUGGAGGCAGGCGCUGCGGGAGCACCAGGAGAAAGCCAACACCAUCCUGUCCCUGCGCAAGGAUCUGCGACAGGGCGAGGCUCUGCGCGCCCGGUGCGUGGAGGAGAAGGAGGUGUUCGAGCUGCAGUGUCUGGCCCUACGGAAGGACUGCGAGAUGUACAAGGACCGCAUCGCGGCCGUCCUGCAGCAGAUGGACGAGGUCGCCUCCGAGAGGGACCAGGCCAUCGCCACGCGGGAGGAGGUGCACACACAGCACUCUCGGAGCCUGCAGGAGAAGGACGCGCUGCGAAAGCAGGUCCGCGAGCUGGCCGAGAAGGCCGACGAGUUGCAGCUACAGCUGUUCCAGUGCGAGGGCCAGCGGCUGGCCCUGGAGGGCAGACUCAAACGGCAGCAGCUGGAGACGCUCGUCCUGAGCUCUGACCUGGAGGACAGCUCACCCAGGAACUCCCAGGACGUGAGUGUGAACCUCAGGCUCUCGCUACCCCCGGACCUGGAGGCCACCCGGCUGUCAGACAAAGGUGGCCCCGCCAACAGGGACAGCCCACAGCAGCCCCCUGAGGCUCUGCAGGAGGAACCGCUUCCACUGAUCCCCAACAACGCCGGCCUGAGCGGCGGCGAGCCCCCGGAGAAGGAGCGGCGGCGCCUCAAGGAGAGCUUCGAGAACUACCGCAGGAAGCGCGCCCUCAGAAAGCUGCAGCACGGCUCGAGGCAGGGGGAGGCGGACUGGGAGAACACCACGGGCAGCGACAACACCGACACGGAGGGCUCCUAGCCAGCCCGGCAUGCGAGGAGGCCGGGGCGCCGAGCCCGAGGGGCGCAGGCACGCCGGCGCCCACGCACCGUGAUUUGCACAGGCGUGCUCUGUCUGUGCGACGCAGAUGCGUGCAGCAGUGUCAGAAAUGCAGUUUCAUAAAUAAAGGACUGCCGUCCCAGCA